CGAGUUAAUGAAUUUUGAACAGCCCCAGUGAAACUGCUGAAGUGGUCGACACGAAGAUGGGGUCGAAAAGACGUCUGCUGCUGGUCUCUAACUCCACUCUGCACGGGAGCGGCUACCUGGACCACUGCGAGGAGCAGAUCAAGAGUUUCCUAGGAAGUCAGGUGAAGACAGUCCUGUUCGUUCCCUAUGCCCUGCAUGACAGAGAUGGCUACGCCAAGAUAGCACGGACAAAAUAUGAGAGCAUGGGAUACAAACUGGACAGCAUCCAUGAGCAGCCAGACCCAGUAGCAGCAGUGCAGGCUGCAGAGGCAGUAUUCAUUGGUGGUGGCAACACAUUCCGUCUCCUAAAGGCUCUCUAUGACAACAAGAUUGUCUCGGAGAUAAAGAAGAGGGUGUUGGAGGAUGGAAUGCCCUACAUCGGCUCCAGUGCAGGGACUAAUGUCUCCACCAUCAGUAUCAGUACCACUAACGACAUGCCCAUCGUCCAGCCGCCCACGUUUCAAGCCAUCGGCCUGGUGCCCUUCAACAUUAACCCUCAUUUCCUGGACCCUGAUCCUAACAGCACACACCAAGGGGAAACCAGGGAGACAAGGAUAAAACAGUACCAUGAGGAGGCUGACACACCACCAGUGUUGGGUUUGCGUGAAGGAGGUAUCCUCCAUGUAGAGGGAGACACAGCAACUCUGAAGGGGACAACCAAGGCAAGGCUGUUCCUCAAGGGGAAGGAACCCACCGAGCAUGACCAGGGAACAGACUUCAGCUUCCUUCUGGACCCAAAGAACUACUAGCUCAACAUCAAGUCCUGAAGAGGCCUACACUUUUCUAGUCAUGUGCCUAGAACAAAGAAAUUCAGUU